UUAUGCGCACAGCGUGGAAAAGCUGGGAACCGUGUAUCCGGCGCCUCGGUCAGUGAAAGCGGACCUCGCUCGCCCCGCGUUGGAGUUUCAGGAGGGGUCUGUCUGUUUGUUUAUGGCCACACGCGUAUCCUGACAUAUGAGUGCAGUCUAACACCGCAGAGAAGCGCUGGGUUUCUUCCUGCAAAGUGCCGUGUCGAGGUACCUCGACGUUUUUUACAUUGCAUCAGGUGGCAUCUGUCCGAUCUGCGGCGGGCAACGAGAGGGGAGCGCUUCGGGCUGAUGAUGAGACUGGCACUAACAAAAUGGCAAAACGAUAUCUUUCCUAUCUGUUUAGUUUCUACCAAUUCAGCUAUGGACGUAUAUAAAAUCAAGCAGAAAAUGGAAAAUGACAGUGGGGACACUUUUUGACCGCCACGCAAAAGCAGAGCGCUUGCUCAGGUAGGACGGUCACUAUUUCUCACAUGACUUUGAACUUGGCUGCCAAAAUAAACGGACUUUCAAAUUUAUGUUCAGGGAGAGCUGACCUCGGGAAAGGACUUUCGCAGGCUGCGGCCAAACGACUCUGUGGCACCUUCAUUUCAGAGCUGCCUCCGGUGCGCGGCGGCGCCCCGUUUACGGGCUAAUAAUGGCGAGUGUUAGAAAUUAGUCACAUUAAUAAGUUUCUUAUAUCCCCCCUCCCCUUAGGGAAGUAUAUAAUUGAGGGGGAGGGGUCGAUUAUAGCAAGAUCGGAGAAAGGCGUCUUUUUGUCACUCCUAUUGGGGUGCCCACAGGUGUGGGUGGCAUGCAGCUCUUAGUGCUUGUUGCGUUUUUCAUCGGUUUUGCCUCGAUUCGGGUGCCGGUCAGCGAGGGCUGCGGACCGGGCAAGAGAAUCGGCAAGAGACCGCAGCCGAGGAGGCUGACAGCGCUCGCUUACAAACAGUUCCUCCCCAGCAUUCCUGAGAAAACGCCGGGAGCGAGCGGCAGGUACGAAGGGAAAAUAACGAGGGCUUCGGAGCGCUUUAAAGAGCUGAUCGCCAACUACAAUCCUGCCAUCAUCUUCAAGGAUGAAGAGAACACGGGCGCUGACCGAUUGAUGACACAGCGCUGCAAGGACAAGCUAAACAUACUUGCCAUCUCUGUGAUGAACCUGUGGCCUGGAGUGAAGUUACGCGUCACCGAGGCCUGGGACGAGGACGGCCACCACUCUGAGGAGUGUCUGCACUAUGAGGGUCGGGCCGUCGAUAUCACCACCUCGGACCGUGACCGCAACAAGUACGGCAUGCUGGCCCGCCUGGCUGUGGAGGCUGGAUUUGACUGGGUCUACUACGAGUCCAAGGCCCAUGUACACUGCAGCGUGAAGUCAGAACGCUCCAUGGCCACUGGGACAGGAGGCUGUUUUCCUGCUCUGGCUCAGGUCAUUGUGGAGGGUGGCGGCUCAGAACCUCCAUCUGGGCAAGUGUGUGCUGGUCUGGUCCACAAGGGGAUGGUCGUGUCCUCCUUCCUGGGCUGUAACCUGGUGACCCGCAGCCAUUUCUUUGUGAUAGGUUGGCCCCUCCCUCCAAUCCCGUCACUCACUGCCACUCACCUGCUGUUUUUGGCAGAAGGGACUGCUCUGGUGAGGUCCGUGGGGGGAGGGGGGAAUGCAGGGGGUGUCUUCCAGCAAUGCUAAGACAGGACAGUGCAUCCUCACAUGGGGGGGGGGGGGGGCAGGAC